AUGGCCUUAAUUCCGAGUCCCUGCAGUGAGCUGAAAGCACUGCAGGUUGCAGCCCCCCAAAACGACGUCGUUUUGGGGGAUUUUGGCCAAUCCAGUAAUAAUACAAAACUACGUCGUUUUGAGACCCUAAAUCCCCCAACGCCCCCAGAACUCCCCCAAAUUUCAGGAUGCUUUAGGUUUCCACGGCAACCAUGGACGACGAUAACCAGAACAGCAGUGCAACUUGAACACCACCACCACUGGCGACCACGAUCCACGUCCCACCACCACCGGCGAGCACCACUACCCAACCCCAGCACUCCCCCACCGCCGGCGACCACCCCUUGGCUUCUGCGCACUCCGACCGCUGUUACCCCCACCACGAAGAUUUUCUGGGUGGCUGUUUUUGGGGCUAGAAUGAGCUAUUUUCUGGGUUGUUUACCAAGCUAAAACAGGCUGUUUUUUGUGGAGUUUUUGGGCUGGUUUUAUGACUGAGUUUUGGGGUGAUUUCGGGGCUCAAAUGGACCGAUUUUCAGGAGCUGAAACGAAGCAGGUUUUGGGACUAUUUUGGGGCUGAAUUUGGAGUUAAAUAGAGCUGUAACGGGCUAUUAGGAACUGGAAAUUUUAUAGGCUGUUUUACCGGGUUGUUUCGGAGUGAAAUCGGGUUGCUUUCGGAGAGAAAAUGGAGCUGUUCAGAAUUGGUUUAUGGAGCAGAUUUUGGGGUUGCUUUGAG